AUGAUUCGCGUCAAGUCCGACGCCCGCCUGGCAUGCGACAGCUGUCAUGGCCUCAAAACUAGAUGCGUCUACGCCGGUCCAGAGUGCACUAGCACCGGCGGGCGUCGUGGAAAUGGCGCCACAACCACGCCCUCUUGUCAGCGCUGCGCUCGUCUUGGCAGGCACUGCCUCACCUCCAGGACUAGAGGGGAGUCAGGCCGCCCGAGGAAGCCAGACAGGACGUCGACGCAGCCCGUCGCGGGGAGGCAAUUCGUCUGGACGGCGACUGGGUCUAUCCAUUUGCAAAAAGAACACAGCGCCGCGCAGAUCCCUCCACCAGCAGCAGCUGAAGGAGGAGUGGCGACUUUGCCGCCGCCAUCGUCGCCGUUUUCUCCCUCUGCUGCCUCCAGGCCAAGCCUGUCAACCGUCCAGCCGUCCGACCAUGUCCUGGCUUCGCUGAGCACCGCGGAUAGGACGCUUUUGGGACUGAUUUUAGACAAGCGCACCUUUGCGGACCAUUUCGUGCUGGCGUCUUCCUUUGCCGACGGCAUGAUCGAGGGCAUGGUGCGCGGGCUGGGCAUGGGCCUGCCGCAGCAGGGGCAGCCGUCGCCGCUCGUCGGUCUGCAGCUGUCGUGCGCCGCCAAGGUUGCCGAUCUGCUACUCCUCUGCCGCAGGAACACGAUAGACGGCGACCCAUCGGGUGACGGCUACUACUGCUACUACUCCAAAAGCGCGGCAGCGGUCAACAUCCUCCGCCAGACUUGGACCGAGCAGGCGCGCGUCGUCGGCGAGGCCGAGGCCCUCGUCGCCAUCUACCUAGGCAUCGGCGUCGUGACCUUUGACCUUAUGGACGCGGGCCGCAGCGCCCACUCGGUCGCCCGCUUCGCCAUCGGCGUCGUGCGCCGCGCUGCAAAACUACACCUGCAGCGCCGCCGGCAGACGUUCAGCCCGGGCGUCGACCGCGACCUGGUCCCGCUCGCGUACCUCGACACGUGCAACUGCCUCGUGCGCAGGAUGGUGCCGGCCGCUAGGCUGGAGGUGGGUGGUCCGCCGGGUGUGGAUAGGUAUAUAGGUGUCUGUGGGUCGCUUUUGCCGGUGCUGUAUGACAUCUGCGAGCUGAGUCGGGAUAUGUGUGCGUUGCAGCUCGCCAAGAACACGGCGGGGAAGGGUGAUUUGGGCAGCGGGUGUCGGCUCGGCAGGUUGGUGCAGCAGUGCGCGCUGCAGCAGCGGCAGGAGAGGCUGCAGCGGGUGCUGGAGGAUUGGCAGCCUGUGGUGCCGGGCGAUUUCGUGACUGCUUACACGUCAGCUGAGCGGGGGAUCAUGCAUGCCCAGGCCCGCAUCCAUAAGCUGACUGCGACGCUGAUCCUCCACCGACUGGCGGUAACGUUUGACCAGGACGGAGGGUGCGAUGGCCGCGGCGCGCGUCUGGCGGGCGAGUUGUUGAGCUUCAUGACGGAGCUGUACUCGGUAGUCGGUCGGAAUCCCAAGGAGGAGCGGGCCGGCGUGGGGACGUUUGACUACCGGCUUUCCCUGUCACUGUUGGUGGCUGCCGCGGAGCUGACAUCGGCCGGGGACAGGCGCUGUUGCCUAGAGGACAUGUUUCCACUCGUCGUAUCGAGGCUGUAUCCCGAGGUUGAUAGGAUGUUGCGUGAGUUUCUGGGAUACGUGUGGGCCAGUAGGGAUGAUGGCUUUGGUGGUUGCUGGUUGGACUUGGCUGGGUUGGAUGAUGCGCCGGCGUUUGUGCUCUUUUGA